CGGAUCCGGUCGGCGCCUUCAUUUUUUGAUUCCUCAGAGAGGCUUGUGGCAGAGGGCCUCUGCAUGGGAGAUCGCGGUGCUUUCUCUCUGCGUCUGCUGAGGAGACACACAUGACGCGGAAAGGCUUCGCAUGUCUUCGACUGCACUUCACACAGAGGUUUCGUCAAAGAGAAAGCCGCGACGAGGAGACAACACUCGCGUUGUCCCGAGUUCUCUUUUUUCGUCUCUUUUCUCUGCUUCCCCUCUCUCUCUGUCGUCUCUCCUUGCGAGAGACGUCACGGCUGCUCUCGCUGCCUCGCUUUUUCACUGCAGUCGCGAGGCUGUCACGACGCAAGAGCUCUGAGAAACAAAGAACAGGAAAAGGAGUCCGCGAGUCACUCGUCCGUUUCCCUUUCAUCUUCUGCGCGAUUUGUCUCUUCAGGACUCGCUGCACCUUCCUUCUCCCUUCUCGCAGUUGCCUUAGUGUCGAGAGGAAAUCACCUCACGUCGAAAGAGAGGCUGUCAGCAGAGCAGCAGAAUUCGCUCGUCGUGUCUCCCCUUCGGUCUCCUUCCUCGUUGUUUCUGUGCCGCGGUUUCUUCGCUUUUUUUAUCUUCCCUUCGCCGCUGGCUUCCUCUUCAACAUGUUUCCUGCGGAGAGGAGACAACGGCCGGGACCUCUGCUCAAAUCGCAGUCUCGCUUGCUUCCGCUGCGUUUGUUCGUUGGAGAUAAUGUUCGCUUCCACCUGUGAAGACCGCCCUUGGAAGAGGGCAGCUCGUCGCCAGGUUCUCACCGCCGGCGGUGGUGCACAGAGCCAGGCUGAGUGCCUUGGAGAGGAAAGAAGAGAAAAACUCUCGGGAACACGGCGAAGAGUCCACGAAAACGGGAGAGAAAAAGACACCCGAGGAGAAGUCGAAACGUCUUGUCUCUUCGUGACGCAUGCCUCGAGGGUGUGUUCUCAGGAUCUGUCUUUCUCUCCAUCAGGUCCCAGUUGCUCUCGAGACGCUCCUUCUUCACACUCAUCGCUUGAUUCUGAGUCUUCCUUUCUCUCGACCAUCCCUGCGCUGCCCCCCUCCUCGUCUUCCCCCUCUUGGGUCCUCAUUGUGUUUCUGUCGCGGAUGGCCUCUCCCCUCUGCUCUCCUUCCUCUCUUUUCUCUGCUUUCGAAGACGAGAAUCGAGAACUCGGUGCCUCUUCUGCUCUGUCGCGGUUUGUCGUCACCGCUUCUCGGCUUCGUCGGAGACUGGGGGGAUCGAUUCAGAAAGUCCGGGGAGGAAAAACGGGAAGAGACGAGAAAAACCGACGCAGACACAAACGCUGUCUUCGGGAGAAAGAAAGUCUCCACCCGCUCCCGCGAUCGGUCUGCAGAUCUUCCGCUGACUCUCCCCGGAGUCUCUUGGCUCCUCUGAGGAGAAGCGACGCACGAAGAAGAGGAGUUGCCUCGCCUGAAGCGGUUGCCUCAUCCCCAGUCACACCUGCUGUCUCCUCAGUAGAACUUGAGGAGAGAGCCAUACGCGAGUCCCUGAGGGGAAGGACGAGGCGCAAGGUGUCUUUUGCCAUCUCAACUUUGUUGGGUUGUUGCGCUAAGUGUACAGACUCCUCGCAAACGCCCGGAGAGUCCCAUCGUUUUUCUCGUGGAAGGAGAAACUCAAGAGGCGUCUUUUUUUCGCGAAGUCUCUACUUCUUGCUGGCUGUCCUGACGUAUCUUGGCGGUCUGGGGGCGCCUGACGAAGGCGGGCGUCUUCACGCGGACGCCAUUCUUCUUCGCGACUCUCCCGUGUCUCUUUCGUCUUUGUCGUUUCCAUCUUCCUCGACGAUUCCCUCCGUCUCUCUUCCCUCCGCUUCCAGUUUACCGGCUUCCCUUCUCAGUCCUGUUCGCGCCGCUCCCAGAUCGUCUGUGUCCUCCUCUUCUUCCUGUUCUUCCUUUUCUUCCUCUUCUUCCGCCUCGCGUGUGUCUCCCCAUAUUUCUGCUGGGUGUCUUUCUACCGCCUUUCUGUCUGUUUCAUGUUCUUCGCGGAUGUCCUCUGAGACGCGCCAAGGCGUCGUUCCCUCGGUGUCUCUUCGACGGAUGUCAGGUCAGUCUCUGUCGCAUUUCUCUUCUCUUUCGUUUGACGCUGUCGCGAGCCCUCUGACAAAUCCUUCUCUCUCGCUUGAUUCGUUCUCCCCUGUCCCCGCGAAGCUCCCUCUUUCUUGUUCGCCUUCGCCUCCAGAUUCUCUCUCGUCUUUCGCUGCUUCAGCUGUGUCUUCUGUGCCGGCGUCUCGCGCCACCGCCCCCGCGCCGUCGGGUGUACAUUUGCCUCCUCGCGGACGUCUCCCGCGGUCCGCCAGUGAGUCGGUUGGGUGUACGUACACCACGGCGCUGCCCCGAUGUGCGUCGAGGUGCGACACGGCCGUUUUCGCGGCUCGUUCUGCGUCUCCAGAGUGGAGGAGUUUCGCGAUUCACAGCAGAGAACAAGCUGGAAGUGAGAGAACUUUUUCUCUGCGCUUCCAUCCCCGGAACGGUCGAAGACAGCGACGGGGGACGGCAAUCCCGACAGCCUUGGCCGCUGCGGUGCCCUCGGGCGGUGAGGGGAUGAGGCCCUGGCUCUUCAAAAGGCUUCUGCGUUCUUCGCAUGUCUCUCGAGAAGCAGAGCCGCGCGCUUCGGCGCCUUCGCCUUCUUCUCUCGCUCUGCGGUACCUCGCUCGCCUUCUGCCUGGCACAUGGACCGCGAGGUUCUCUCGUGCUCGGUUUAUCUUUUCUUCGUCUCGCCUGAGAGGCGUCUUUCUCGCUCCUCUCGCCUGCUGUCUCCUCGGCGUCUCCUUCCUCGGCGGCGGAGCGUGGCUCUGCCGGCGCUGGCUUAGCGACACUCAGGCGCUCUACAAAGAAACCUUUGCGUUCCACGCCGUCCGGCUGCUGAAUCGCUACGCGCCGUCUGCGCUCGACGCAGAGGAGAAAGCAGACGCCUUCCGGCGAGAGACAGAGGAACUGCAUGAAGAAUUCGAACUGGACGCGCCGGAAGCGUUUGGACUCGAACAGCGUCACAAAGUCGAAAACGCGUAUCUGGAUCUUCCUGCUCUCUCGCAGAACGCAGAGACGCGUUUCCAAAUCCCGCAGUUUCCUGCCCCUGUCGCGGCGCCGACGCCUCUGCCGCGACUGAACGAAAACAGGGAAUUAAUUGAAGAAAUACGUUCCCUGUACGAGGAUGUGACGAAGCGCAUUCCGAUGUUUUCGCACUCCGUGAAGCUGGACCUGCUCCACACCGUUCUAGAGAGUCUUCUGCAAGUCUCCGGGGGGACCGACCCGGCCUACCUCAUUCAGUUUACGCAACUUCUUCUUCGCCAUGCCUUUGACGUGGAGCCGAUCGAGGUUGCUCGAGUUUUCCGAAGGAUUCUCGAGGAGAAUAAAGAUAGCAGCAACUGCGUGAACGUCUUGCUGCUGGCCGACUGUGUCGUUGAAGACCUCAGCCUGCGAGCGAUGCUUCGGCCCCCAUGGAUGGUGUUUCUUCACGGCCACAGCGACCGGUCUCUCGAGGCGGAGCUCUUAAGUCGGAAAGAGGAGAUGUACCGGACCUUUGUGCGGCUCUUUCUGAAGGAGGUCUUUGCUCGGAAUCUUUUUCCGGUCUUCGCGGCCUCGGCGACUGCCGCGCCGGAAGCGGACGCGUUUCCCCCACACGAGGGCGAAGAAGACGGAGAAGACAAGCGUGUCGAGGAGCUUCUCGGCUCCCCAAAGUUAUUUCAGACCGACGAAGAACGCAUGCAACUCAAGUGGCUCGCUGCCCUGGCGCAAGCGUGCGACAGACAGGCUGACCAGGCAGAGAAGCGAGAAGAGGAGACGCUCUUCUCGUUGCCCGCUGAAGAUGCGGAGCUCCGGUCCAGCGAGGCAACGGAGGACAUGCAGGCGCGGGAAGAACGAACGGGGAAAGACAGUGGAAACGAGAAGAAAGCAGGAGAAACAAAGUCGCCUGGAGGAGCCUCAAAGGAUGCAAGGCCGUACGAGAUGUCACUGCAGGCUGCGAUCGAGAAACAGAAGUCUCUGACAACGUCCGAAACAGCUGAGCCUUCCUCGCUUCUUCCUCUCGGCCUCCCAGAGGGCUGGCAACUGGUGGCGCUCACGCCUCGACAAGCCGCGCGGAUUGUCGCCAUCGAAAUUCGGGAGUGCGAGGAAGUUCUCGAGGAAGAAGCGGCGAACCGAAAGAAAGCAAUCGAAGACUCUGACGGCGCCACAGAUGGAAACGCAGAACUCAAGCGCCUGUUGGAGGUGACGAAGGACGUUUUCCUUUGCGGCGCAGGUCGCCUCUUGGAAGUCACAUUUACUCGCGAGACUGAUGAGCUGUUCCGUCCGCCUCUUGAGGACACGAUUGUUCAGGCCUCCAACUUCUUUGCCGAAAGCGUGGGGAGUCUUUACAGAGACCUCGAGAGAAAGUCGCAGACGCCCGAGGAAGAAGCCGCGGCGCGGGCCAUGAUGGCGACCCCGCCGACGCCUCGCGAGCUAGCUGAGGAACAGGCUCUGAAAGAGGCGAAGGAGGAGAAGAAAAAGGAGUUUCAACAAAACUGGAAGACCUUUUUAGCGGACUUGACUCAGAAGAAAGAGGAGCUUAAGCAGCAACUGCUGCGCGUAGAUCCCCACCUGCAGCGCCGGCCUGUCGACUCCAGGGCCUUGUCGACUCUUUCUGCAGACGACAAGGUGUCUCCGGAGCAAUUCACCAAUGAAAUGCUUAUUGCUGAGAAGGCGGCCGCGGCAGAGGCGCGAGCCAAGCACUUGGGGGCUGUCCUCAGCAUGUUUCACGCGCGAGAGAAACCUCCGUCUGCUCCCUCUUCUUCUUUCUCUUCGUCGUCCAAGGCGAAGGCGAACGCGGCGGCACAGGCCGCAGCGUUUCUCGCGUCGAGAGGCAGAUCUGUUGGCUGGAAGAAGAGUGGGGAAGGCGACGCAGAGAGCCAGGAAGAAGAACGACGCGUUGCCAAGAUUGCCAUGCAUGCAGCGAUGGCUCGGACACAGCACGAAGAAAAAGUGAACGCGGGGUACAGCGCUGAAGCCCGAGAAGCGGGGCUGCCUCAGCGACACAGCGAGAAGGCGACACGCACCGUUCUCGCUCUGCUGCAAGAGCUGGAGUAUCGCAAGUUCGCAGUAAAGCAGCAAGCCGCUCGGCAGAAGAACCGCGAGGAAGGAGAAGUAGACGAAGCGGAGAUGGACAAAGCUCUGGGGGGUCUCGACGAGUUGGAUGAGAUGGAACAGCCGGCGGAAGCGGAAGGCGAAGCCGAUCGGAGCCGGCAGGCGUUUAAGCAAGCCGAACGCGAAGAGAGGAUCUUGCAGAGACAACGAGCUUUGAUUGAAGCCUCAAAAAUGCGACAGACCGGCGCAGCGGAGGCGGCGCGACAGCUGACUACAGAAGUGCUCGAAGACGAGUUGGCCGAGCGCGAGAAGCAGAAAAGCCGAACAGGUGCAUCUCUCUGGUCAGCAGAAAGCGAAAGCCUGGAGGUGCACCCUAGCGCGCGAGGCGGUGAAAACGGCAGCUUCGGAGCGGUGACAGGCGAGGAGUCCGAACAAGGAAGACCGGCACACCCGCAUCUGAAGAAGGGCCAGAGCAUGCAGAGUUACCUGGAUCAAGGCUACACUCUGGUUUUCAAUACCCCGUAUCGAGCAGACGAAAUGCUGCGGAUGAAAGGCCUGAAAGAUGGACUCGACAUCGGCACUGACAUCGAUGACAAAGACGUCGGAGACGUCGAGGAGGAGGACGAAGAUGAUUUCGGCUAAGGCUUGAACUGACAAAGGCGCUUUCUUAUUUUUUUGCGGGGCGAGGUUAUGUUAAAGGACGGAAACUGGCGAGAGGGGUGUUUCAGCUCGAAUAGAAGUGGACAAAUACAUGCACACGAAUGCGCGAGGUCAACGGGGUGGAAUUCAGAGUGAAGGGAACAUGCCGGAAUGGAGUUAAUUCCAAACCGGGGACGACAUGCAAGCGGUUGAUUUCGCUUUUCACAGACGGGGCUGCGUUGGUUUGAUGGACUCUUGGUUUUUGUGGCUGAAUCACGUUUUUGUGUGGUGGUUCUCGUCAAUUGCCGAGGCCGGAAACCCCCGGGUUUUUUCCCCGCUGGACUUGUUGCCCGUGUCCCCCCGGUGAGACUGCUCCAAACGACACUAUAAACACUGGAAAGGUGAAGCGCGACAGUUUGGAUUGCAAAGCGA